AUGUCUUCUCCGUUGCUUGGUCCACCAGAGAUCCGAGACUCCAUCGAUCUCCCAACAGAACCCAUCACAGCUUCUGGUCCCAACGACCCAUUCAUGGACGCAAUGGUCUCAAACUUCAACAAAUCAACUAAACUCAACGUCAACGCUUCACCACCGAUGGGAUACACCGAGAAUGGAUCCGCCACGUACCUCUCCGCAGGCAACCCCUGCCUUGACUUUUUCUUCCACGUUGUUCCCUACACACCCAAGGAAUCUCUGGAGAAGCGGCUACACGAUGCUUGGGGACACGACGCGUUAACCACUCUCAAGCUUAUCUGUAACCUUCGUGGAGUCCGUGGCACUGGAAAAUCUGACAAGGAAGGGUUUUACACGGCGGCGUUGUGGCUCCAUGGUCACCAUCCCAAAACCCUAGCUUGUAACCUCGAGGCCAUUUCAACCUUUGGUUACUUUAAAGAUUUACCAGAGAUUCUUUACAGGAUUCUAAAAGGAUCUGAAGUCCGAGAUAACCAGAAGUCGGAAUGGCUCGAGACAAAAGGUGGAGCAUCUCGUCGUAGAAGGGCUCGAUUCUCUCUGGAAACCUCGACAGCCUCUUAUGGUGGUCGUGGCCGUGGAAGGGGCCGUGGUCGUGGAAGGGGUCGCAGUGUUUUUGAAAGCAAACCUGCGGCGGCGAGGGAGCUGAGGGUAGCAAAAGCAGAGAGGAAGAACCAAGAAGAAAAAGCCAGAGCAAGCUUGGAUCGCAAGCAAAAGAAGAUUUCCUUGGGGAAGGAAGCAUUCACAAGAUACUCACACGAUCCAGAGUAUAGAUUUCUCCACGAACGUGUGUCUGAUCUAUUCGCAAGUCAACUAAAGAGUGACCUUGAGUUUUUGGCAUCAGGCCAACAAAACGAAAUCUCUCUAGCGGCUAAAUGGUGUCCAUCAAUUGAUUCUUCUUUUGACAAAGCAACUCUUCUCUGUGAGAGCAUUGCUAGGAAGAUCUUUCCCAGAGAAUCAUUCCCGGAAUACGAAGGCGUGGAAGAAGCUCACUAUGCCUACAGAGUUCGUGAUCGGCUAAGGAAACAAGUUCUUGUUCCUCUUAGGAAGACUCUGCAACUCCCUGAAGUAUACAUGGGAGCGAGUGACUGGGCGUCUCUCCCUUACAACCGUGUUGCUUCAGUGGCGAUGAAAUCUUACAAGGAGGCUUUCUUGAAACACGACGCAAAAAGGUUUCAGCAAUAUCUUGAAGAUGCGUUUUCUGGUAAAACUACGGUGGCCGCCGGUGCUGUGUUACCUCACGAGAUAAUAAGAGAGUUAAACGGCAGAGACGGUGGACAAGUCGCUGAGCUGCAAUGGAAACGAAUGGUUGAUGACCUAAAACAGAAAGGUUCUUUGUCGAAUUGCAUGGCUAUCUGUGACGUUUCGGGGUCUAUGCAUGGUGAACCAAUGGAGGUUUCAGUGGCGCUUGGUUUGCUAGUCUCGGAGCUAUCAGAAGAGCCAUGGAGAGGAAAGCUUAUAACGUUCAGCGAAAACCCUCAACUCCAUUUGGUCGAAGGAGACUAUCUGAGAUCAAAAGCAGCAUUUGUGAGGAGAAUGCAAUGGGAUAUGAACACUGAUUUUCAAAAAGUUUUUGAUUUGAUUCUUGAAGUGGCCGUGAAAGGGAAGCUGAAGCCUGAAGAGAUGAUCAAGAGAGUGUUUGUGUUCAGUGACAUGGAGUUUGAUCAAGCCUCGACUUCGAACACUUCGUAUAACAACAGAUGGGGAAGGUCUUCGUAUGAUUCGGAGGAGGUUGAUGGUUGGGAAACAGAUUAUGAGGUGAUUGUGAGCAAGUACAGAGAGAAAGGGUACGGAGAAGCUGUGCCGCAGAUAGUGUUUUGGAAUCUGAGGCAUUCGAGGUCAACACCUGUGCUCGGAAACAAGAAAGGAGUGGCUUUGGUAAGUGGCUUUUCCAAGAACUUGUUAGAAUUAUUCUUGGAACAUGAUGGAGAGAUUGAUCCCCUAACGAUCAAGGAGGAUGAUGAUAUAUCUAAAGUUGGAGAGAUUGAUCCCAUAAUGAUCAUGGAGGCUGCUAUAUCUAAGGAUGAGUAUAAGUCGCUUGUUGUAGUUGAUUGAUUUCAUUUCAGAGAUGUGUAGACUUUGUUACAUUUGUUGUAAAUAUGAAGCUUGAAGAAAUUCAUUCCAUUACCACA